AUGCGGAUUCCCAUAGCGUCUCAUUUACUCGCAACAGUCCUCUUCUGCAACACUAUAGCUGACAUUUCGGGAACAGUUCAAUCAGAUCCCUGUCUUGAUGGAGUUAAAUUGGACACGUCUUCUUUGUACUUGCCAUCAGCAUACGCUAAUAUGACACCACCGUGGCAACGAGCAGACGGAAGUAUGGCUCAGGUUACACGGAGCACAGGAUUUUCGUUUCAGUGGACGUGGAUGAAAUCUCUUCGUGUGAAAGGAUUGAACAUAAUGGUGGAAGAUUUAAUGGCAUUUCUUUUCGACAGUGAAUGUCUGUUCAUUCCAAUCGGUCCUGCUGUGCGUGUGGCUAUUCUCGGACAAAGACCAGUCUAUCUAUCAGGAGAAGUUAGCUGUGAACUUCAUGAUCUUUACGAGAAAUGUGUCUCCAAGUACGGCGCAUCUGUGUGCUCUCUAUAUCCGAUGGAAGACGAUGGAUGGGGAGCGUACCGCUUGGAAAUCGGUGACGCGAGCAGCAACCACAGCACGGAAAAAAUGAAAGCAGAACCAAUUGUUCUUCACGAAUGGAGAUCUAUGCUUGGCAAAGCACCGGAGAAAUGGAGAUUCACUGUUGAUACAAUGGCAAUGUACGAUGAUCUAGCUGGUAACAUGUUCGUAAUCGAUCCAUUAGGAAAAGGAUAUAUCAACAGCUGUGAGAAAGAGUUGGUCCCAGCAUCUGAUGAUUGGAAACAUUGGAGUCAAGAGCAGUCAUUAAAAAUUAUGGGAUUUUACGAGUUACGAACCGAAGGAUUCUCGGCGAAAACUGAUUCACUCUCGAAAUUCAUCAAAAAAGAAAUCAAUGGUAUUGAUAAACGCGUCGCUCAAAAAUUCUACUGCGAAAAUAUUCUCAGUGGAGUUGCAAAUCUAGAAGGAAGCACUCCCGUAUGUCACACGAAAUAUCCGGAUAAAGAAGCAGCUGAUAAAAUCGCAGAUGUGAGAAAAAUCAUGAUUCACGAACUGGGUGAUGUGUGGAAUUCUUCAAUAGGAAAAGCCGCUGAUGAGCUGGAAGCGGUUUUUUGCACCGACCGGCAGUUUGUUGAAAUUCGCUCCCGUCUUCUUCACAAAGUUCCUUCUCGUCAUGAUGAUCAAUGGGUUCCGGAGGAGCCGAAAAUAAUCGAAGAUGGACGACCAAUGAUAAAUGAUAGUUCUCAGAUUCACGCUCGGCCUAUUCUACAUAUGGCUGCUGAACCACCAAUUCUACCACCAGAUUAUCCUAAUUCUCCACACGCUCAGCCGAACGAGCAUUUGGAAAUAGUCACACCUACUCCAUUGCUUGUGGAAGGGGGUGGAAUGGAUCCCAUUGCUAUUCAAGUGAACACGAAUCGUGUCUUGGAUCCUAUCGAUGACGACUCUGAAGAUCAAGAAGAAUAUAUUGAAGCAACACGACAGGAAAUCGGAACUCCAGCUGAACCAGAUAUAGGAAUCGAUUAUUCACAUCACAACUCGGCGAACAAUAAUAUACCAGUUAUGCGAUUUGACAAGGUGGAAGAGAGUGGUUUGUCUGAUGUCUCUGCGUCUGCAAUGGAAGUCGCAUCUUCCGAUUCCACGUCGUCGAGAACAGGAAUAAAUCUUCUUACUACGUUUUCAAUAUUUUUUUCUUUUUUGUUAUAUAUUUGCUAA